UGUUUCCCUCUAUAAAUCAAGGCAAAAGCCGUCUCUUGAAUUCACAAUAUAACUCCUCACCUUCUCCCCCUAACCCAACCCUACCCGUCACUGUGAAUGUGUCAUAUACGUACAGUAUUUACAAACAAAAAAAACCAUUGAAAUAUGAAGGAUAUUUGGACAACAAUGGCAUCCAUGAUGGGUGUGUGGGCAUUCUGCCAAAGCAUUCUCCACAUUGUUUUCCCACCUGACUUCCGCUUCGCCUCUCUCAAGUUCCUCCACCGCCUCUUCCAAUGGUUCUCCGCCUACAUCUACUACGACAUCACCGAAAUCGACGGUGUCAACACCAAUGAGCUCUACAACGCCGUGCAACUCUACCUCAGCGCCUCCGCUUCCGUUUCCGGCACACGUCUCAGCCUCACGCGCGGCCUCAAUUCUAGCUCCAUCACCUUUGGCCUUUCUAACAACGACCGCCUUGUGGACUCAUACAAAGGCGCAGCUGUUGAAUGGGAGCAUAUUGUCACUCAAAGACAGUCCCAAUCAUUUUCUUGGCGGCCAUUGCCCGAGGAGAGAAGAGGGUUCACUCUCAGAGUGAAGAAAAAAAAUAAACAGGUGAUAUUGGACUCUUACUUGGAUUUUGUUAUGGAAAAAGCUAAUGAAAUUCGCAGAAAAAACCAGGACAGGUUGCUUUAUACAAAUUCACGUGGGGGUUCUUUGGAUGCAAGAGGCCACCCUUGGGAAUCUGUUCCCUUUAAGCAUCCCAGUACAUUUGAAACUUUGGCAAUUGAUCCUGUGAAAAAGGCAGAAAUUAUGGCUGAUCUUGUGGAUUUUGCGAAUGGAGAGUCUUUUUAUAGGAGAACUGGAAGGGCCUGGAAAAGAGGAUAUUUGCUGUAUGGUCCUCCAGGGACUGGAAAAUCUAGCAUGAUUGCUGCCAUGGCUAAUUUUCUUGGAUAUGAUAUUUAUGAUCUUGAAUUGACUGAAGUGAAUACAAAUUCUGAGUUAAGGAAGUUACUCAUGAAAACCAGCUCGAAAUCGAUCAUUGUCAUUGAGGACAUAGAUUGUUCUAUCAAUCUGGCUAACCGGAACACCACCGGUAGUGGUGCAAAUUCGGGUGGUCAAAGAAAUAACUAUGAUGCUGCAUCUAAUGGGAUUGAGGAUGAUGGAAAUUCAAUAACACUUUCAGGGUUGUUGAAUUUCACUGAUGGAUUAUGGUCUUGCUGUGGGAGUGAAAAGAUUUUUCUGUUCACUACAAAUCAUAUUGAAAAACUUGAUCCUGCAUUGUUAAGAAGUGGAAGAAUGGACAUGCACAUUCAUAUGAGUUAUUGUUCAUUCCCUGCACUGAAAAUUCUGCUCAAAAAUUACCUGGGAUUUCAAGAAGAUGAAUUGCAGAAAGAACUCCUGGAAGAAUUGGAGUGUGUAAUUGAUGAGGCAGAAAUGACUCCUGCAGAUAUCAGUGAAGUUUUAAUCAAGAAGAGGAGGGACAAAAAUAAUGCUGUUAGGGAAUUAUUGGUGGAAUUGAAGAAUAGGGUUGGAAGAAAGAGAGGGAAAUCUAGAGAGAGAAAUGGAGAUGAGAUUGAAGAUGAAGAACAGGAGAAGAGGGCUUUGGACAGUCCAAAAGAUGGCUGUGAUCAGUUGCCAGAAACUUGCAACAAGAAAAAUGAAGGGGAAAAUGGAUGUGAUGACAGCGAUAAUAUCGAUGAGUAUGACUAAAUAGUGGAAAGAGAGAUGUGAUAGUGUCCAACGUUGCCUUCCCUGUGGUCGAACUAUCCCAUACGGACAUAAACCAAAUCUUCGAGUAUUAAGUUCAAGCUUCUUCGAAAUGUUUAGUAGUUAGAAAGUAUUAUGUUAUCUCAUCUAGCACAAUAUUUGCUUCUUACAUUAGAUUGUUUGCGUGUGAUUUGUUUGGCUUAUUUUUUGCAAUAUAAUUUCUUCCCAGAUGUGAAUCUAUUUAUUUUUUCCUUAAUGUCAUGACACAUAUAUCCUCUCAUUCUACAUUUGUCUCCUUAG